AGGGAGGCGGUCGUCAUGGCGACUCCUCUAAACAUCCAGACUGCCAAUAAGACCUGGGAGCUGAGUCUGUACGAGCUGCACAGGAGCCCCCAGGAGGCCAUCAUGGACGGAACGGAGGUGGCGGUGUCUCCUCGCUCUCUGCACAGCGAGCUGAUGUGUCCCAUCUGUCUGGACAUGCUGAAGAACACCAUGACGACCAAAGAGUGUCUUCACCGCUUCUGCUCAGACUGCAUCGUCACGGCGCUGCGAUCCGGGAACAAGGAGUGUCCGACCUGCAGGAAGAAGCUGGUCUCCAGACGUUCUCUGCGCAGGGAUUCCAACUUUGACGCUCUGAUCUCUAAGAUCUACCCGAGCCGCGACGAGUACGAGGCGCACCAGCGGCGAGUCCUCGAACGCCUCAACCGGCUGCACAACAAGGAGGCGCUGAGCUCCAGCAUCGAGGAGGGGCUCCGGCAGCAGGCCCGCUACAGGUCCGAGAGGAACCAGCGGGUGAAGAAACCCACGCAGGAGAGCGACAACACCACCUUCAGCGGCGGCGAGGACAACGGCGACUCUCGCUCGCACCUGUCCCACGACUCCGCCCCCUCGCACACGCCCCACCCCAGCGCUCAGACGCCGCCGGAGGCCGGGCCGAGCCGGAAACGCCCCCGCGCCUCCGAUGACGGCGGCGGUGGCGGCUCGGGGGCCGAGGUGGACAGCGGGAGCCCCACGCCGCCUCCUCUGAGGCGCCACAGGGACGGGCCCGCCUCGGAGAUAGAGCUGGUGUUCAGGCCCCACCCACAGCUGGUCCACGCCCACGACUACAACCAGACCAGAUACGUGAAGACGACGGCCAACGCCACCGUGGACCAUCUGUCCAAAUACCUGGCGCUGCGCAUCGCCCUGGAGGACAGACGGACGGACGGGACGCGAGGACAGAGCGGGGGAGGAGGGGGAGGAAGAGGAGAAGACGAGGGGACGACUCUGAGCAACAUCAGCGAGAAACAGUACACCAUCUACAUCAUGACGAGAGGAGGACAGUUCUCUACACUCAACGGUUCUCUGACUCUGGAGCUGGUCAACGAGAAGUUCUGGAAGGUCCGGAAGCCUCUGGAGCUUUACUACGCCCCCACCAAGGACCAGCCGCCCCCCCAGCCCCAGCAGAAGUCUCCAGCCCCACAGACGGAGGCGUGAGGAGCAGCAGGAGGCGGCUCCACGUCAACAUUUUUCCCUCUUUCUCCUCAUUUCCUGGCAUUAAACUGGACUCUGGGGUCUUUCUGCUGCGGCCGCUGGACGUGGAGACAGAGAAGUGGAAUCCCUCGUUUCUUUCAGUUUCUGCUGCAGC